AAGAACCCUAAAAUCCUGCCGGGUUUAGGGUUUAUCAGCGAUGCAUCGGCUGGGACGCCAAGCGCGGCGAUGGCGGCAUUUCGCGAGCGCAAUCGCGGUGCCAGGACCAGCAUUGUCUAGCUCUGGAGCAAGAGUCGCUGUCCCGGCUCGAUCGAUCGCGCCAGUGAACCGGCACUGGAUUUUCUCCCCAGCAGCGCUAGUGCUAGCGCCAGGAACGCGAGCGCUCCAUGUCCUACCCCUGGACGAUCGCUCCCUGGAGAAAUUCUUCGUGGAGCACGAAAUGCGGGAGCCACGGAUGCCGCUGAUUCCCAUCCCACCGUCGAGCGGCACACUACAGUCUCACAUAGACGCGAUUUGGAAGAAGGCCGAGCCAAGCAACUAUAGAGACAUCGUUGCAGCGCUCAAGGAUUGGCAAAGCGAAGGCAAUCUCGUCACAAGGGAUGUGAUCUACAAGCUCAUCAUCCGGCUCCACGCUCGGAUGUUCUACUUCCAAGGAAUGAAACUCAUGAACUGGGUCAUCGUGGAGAAGCCAUUCCAGCUGACGGACUUCGAUCACUUGGUCCGGAUGGAUUUCCACACUCGAGAGCUGAAGGUGGACAAAGUGCUGACUUGCUUCAACCGGAUCCAGGACAAGACUGAGACGUGCUACGUCCUGCUCCUCCAGGCCUUUGCGACGGCCCACAGGAAAGAAAGAGCUCUAGACGUCUUGAAGCAGAUGAAGGAGCUGGUUCUCAUCACCAAUCCCUACUCUUACAACCUCGUCAUCGCCAUGUACCUCCGGAUGGGCCUAAUCGACGAGGCCAAGGAGAUGUUUGCGGAGCUCAAGGACAAGUCCAACGUCGCUCCCGACGCCUUCACGUACUUGAACCUGCUGAAGAGCCGGGACGCGCUCGGGAUGGACGAUCUGGAGGACACGAUCGAGGAGUUCUUCCUGGACGUGGACAAGAUACCAACAGGCUUCGAGUGGAGGAACCUGAUCCGGCUCUACGGUGCCAUGGGAAAGAAGAAGGACGUGGAGAGGCUCUGGAGGGAGCAGAAGCGAGUGGCCGAGUACAUGCCCGAGUCCUACUUCCUGGCGGCGAUCGAGUCCUUCGGCAUGAACGGCGAGAUGAAGCAGUUCGAGGAGAUUUGCAAGCAACUGGAAGCUCAAAAUCAGAAGCUCUCGGAGAGGCAGUGCUUCACGAUGCUCAAAGUCUACUGCAUGAACGGCCUCAUGAACGACGCUGAGAGAACGGCCAAGAAGAUGGAGGAGCUGCGGUACAAGCUGGGAUUCAAGGGCUACCACUACCUGGUGUCCGGCUACGUGAACAGGCACCAGUUCGUCAAGGCCACGGAGAAGUUUAGCGAGGCGGAGGAGAAAGGCCUGGCCAAAGGCUUCAAGAAUCCACUCUUCGUCACGGUGCUGACGCUGCUGGAGGCCUACGCCGGGAAGAAGGAGCUGGAGAAAGCCGAGGAGAUGGUGGAGAAGGUGCUCAAGACGAAGCACUAUCCUUACGAUAUCAGGCUCUUCAAUGCGCUGCUCAAGGUGUACCGGAGGUGCCAGAAGCCGGCUUGGGGGAUCGAGAAUCGCAUCAAGGAGGCCAAGCUGGAGCCCAACGAGACUACUCACAAACUUCUCAAGAAGCUAGAAGUUUUCAACUAGGGGGAUAUUCCGAGAAUAUUCUUCUCACAGUGAUAAACCCUAAACCCCUUAUGUAGAAUAUGCUUGAAUAUUCUAGUUAAGAAGAA